GGAAGUACAUGGCAAAAACUUCACGUUCAGAGGCAGCACUUUGACAUUGUCUUUACAUUUAUGUCUACUUAUAGCUUGUUUAUGUAGCUAUACCGUUAGAUGUACACUUUGAUCUGAAACGUCUGCCCUCAGGUGAAUACCGUUGUCAUGACAUCACUAGUGCACACCCUUCGAGACCACCGGGAUGACGUCAACUGCUGCGCCUUCUCUCAAAGUUUACUGGCCACCUGCUCCGGGGACAAAACCAUCCGCGUUUAUUCCCUGCAGGACUUCGCGGAGCUGCGCUUCUCUCCUCUCUCCGGUCACGGGUACGCCGUGCACUGUUGCUGUUUCAGCAGCUGCGGGAGAUAUCUGGCGUCUUGCUCCACGGACGCGGUGACUAAACUCUGGAGCAUGUCCACGGGUGAAGUCAUGUGCGCGCUGGAACACCCGGCGCGCAGUCCCGUGCGCGUUUGCGCAUUCUCUCCAGAUGCGCGGUAUCUGCUGUGUGGCGCGUCUGACGGGACUGUUGCGCUCUGGCAGGUGCCAUCAAAGACCCUACAGAGAUGUUCUCGAGUCAGCGAGGGUACCGUCCUGGCCUGCUGUUUCUCCCCAUGUGGUCAGAUGUUUGUUACGGGCUCUACUCAGGGAGAACUUCGCCUCUGGAGUCUGAACAUGAGCUCUUUAUACAUUCAGAGAGAAGCGCAUGAUUUAGGAGUCAACUGCUGCCAGUUCUCUCCACAAAUCUGCAUAGAUGGUCCAGGGGUAAAGUUUCGAUUGGCCUCCGGCGGGCAGGACAACCAACUGAGGGUAUGGAUUGUUUCCCAGCAUGCAACAGCAGGUUAUGAGAUGACACUGAUGUUUACUCUCUCUGCUCAAUCUGCUCCCGUCCUAUCGUGUGCCAUCUCCUUUGAUGGACAGCUGCUCGUCUCUGGGUCUGUGGAUAAAACAGUAACUGUGUAUAAUGCGGAUGGAGGAGAGAUUUUACACACGUUAACACAGCAUGACAGAUAUGUGACAGCAUGCGCGUUCUCUCCCUGCAUGCUGAUGUUUGCCUCGGGCUCUAUGGAUAAGACCGUGAAUGUCUGGAGAAUUGGAGAUGGAAAUGCUCAGUCAUCUGAAUGUUUGCAGAUGACUGGAACAGGAAGGAAGUCUCAGGGUUACUCGAGGAUGCUGGUCAGCGAUUGGUCGGAGGAAGAUGUGUGCGAUUGGCUUCGGGACGAGGGGUUGGAAAUGUUGGUGGAGACGUUUAGAGCUCAGAACAUGGAUGGGACUGAACUCAUCAGCUUAAAUAAAGAGACACUGGAUGCUUAUUUUAACAUUGAAUCUGUGGGUCUGCGUGCUAAAGUCAUGAGGAAGAUUGAAGAGUUGAGAUCUUCACUGAUGGACUCUGAUGUUCCAGAUGAGUUUCUCUGUCCUGUCACCAGAGAGCUCAUGAAGGACCCCGUCAUCGCUGCAGAUGGAUAUUCCUAUGAGAGAGAAGCCCUCGAGACCUGGAUCAGAACUCCAAAUCACACAAGCCCAAUGACAAACUUGCCUUUACAAAGCAGUAUACUGACAACCAACAGAAGCCUGAAGAUGGCCAUACAGCGCUGGAAGGCCAGCCAGUAACCAACUCAUUGCGCGUUUUCCCUGAUGGAUGGAAUCCUUUCUCAUAAAGCAAUGAAAGAACAUAA